CAAACGUUCCACUACACCUCUGCAUACUGGCAAGAUAAAAACACCUUUAAUGUUGAUGGAGGCAAGACUGGAUUUGACUCACUGGAGACCAAACUUCCCUCCUACUGGAACACAUCCUUCUCCAAGAUCUGCCUCGGUAUGAAGAUCAACAACCAGUUCAAUUUUAUUGAAAUCACUAAGAGCGCCAGUUCCCUGUAUUCACUGAUCGCUGAUGGGCAAUACCGCAGCACCUCACUGGGUCGUGACAAGUGGAAGUCCGUAGUUGGUCCUGAUGCCUCCUUGCAGCUCACCUGUAACAAGGAAGGUUUCAAUGCAGAGUGUACCAUGACUGCACGCUCCAAAGCAAGAAUAGGUAUCCUUGCUAACGAGGACGGAGAUUGCCACUCUUGUAAUUCCAGGAUCGGGUUUGGUACUGGAGGCAAACAUGAUGACUCUAACACAUGUGGAAACAUCGCUAAACGUGAUGCAGAUAAUGGUGAUCAACUCAUUAAAGCUUUGGGGUACAUUUUGGUACAGUGAGAGACAUCCAGCCAAGAAUUACUUGAUCAUACGCUAUAUCUUAUGUCAGAUUUGAGCUCUGUUAGUCCAUUACUAUACUGACCUGAAACUAUAUGUGAAAACAUUGUUCCAUAUUGCAGCCUGAUUGAAAAAAAAAAACGUUUCGCCAAAUAGGCCUCUUGCGUGUCAAACAGACUUUUUUCGAUCAAAAAUAUCUCUAAAGAAGCCAAUAUAAAAACUAAGCAAUGCAAUCUUUGCUUUUUUUCUCUUCGCUCUCUCUUUUUCCUGUUACCUUUUCCUUCGUUUUUGUGAUUUUUUAGCUCAUCGGGCGCAAAAACCUGUUUAUUGGCCCUUUUUUACUUAAAUGGCUGCAAAUUUCGUUCGAUUUGUUUUCUAAAAAUCGGCUUGAUUUAUUGCUCGUUAAGUCUUCCAAGAGGUGCGCAGAAAUGAUUAGCACUACACCCAUCUACAAGUAAUAGCGGGCGAAAGAUAGCAUCAUCAGAUACUUGCUUGAUUCUUAUAGUCAAAAUAAUGCUUGUUCAUUUUCCAUUCCACUUCGUCCGCUGGGCAAGGCCUGUAGGUUAAACUGAGGUUAAUUCUGUCAACUAAAAAAGAUAUAGACUGCUUGAUAUACCUGCUAACAUAUAUACCGUAAAAUUCCGAAAAUAAGCCCCUCCAUGUAUAAGCCCCUCCAAAUAUAAGCCUCCCAAACUGGUAACACAAAAAACCCUCCGUUAAAUCGCCCCUUCAAAUAUAAGCCNAUAAAAACACCUUUAAUGUUGAUGGAGGCAAGACUGGAUUUGACUCACUGGAGACCAAACUUCCCUCCUACUGGAACACAUCCUUCUCCAAGAUCUGCCUCGGUAUGAAGAUCAACAACCAGUUCAAUUUUAUUGAAAUCACUAAGAGCGCCAGUUCCCUGUAUUCACUGAUCGCUGAUGGGCAAUACCGCAGCACCUCACUGGGUCGUGACAAGUGGAAGUCCGUAGUUGGUCCUGAUGCCUCCUUGCAGCUCACCUGUAACAAGGAAGGUUUCAAUGCAGAGUGUACCAUGACUGCACGCUCCAAAGCAAGAAUAGGUAUCCUUGCUAACGAGGACGGAGAUUGCCACUCUUGUAAUUCCAGGAUCGGGUUUGGUACUGGAGGCAAACAUGAUGACUCUAACACAUGUGGAAACAUCGCUAAACGUGAUGCAGAUAAUGGUGAUCAACUCAUUAAAGCUUUGGGGUACAUUUUGGUACAGUGA